UUCCCCUUCCCUUUCUUCUCUCUAUCUCUCUCUCUCAAAAAAAACAACAACAAAAAAAAACAAACUCCUCGGUCUAGUUUGCUAUUAUUGAUGCAAAAACGUGAUCCUGGGACGCCCCGAUUCGCCUGGAGCGAGGUCGUCUGAAGCCAACUCUCCCUUCACACACACACACACACACACAACACACACACAGACAGACACACCCGCAGGACGAGAGCGCUCUUUUCCGAACAGAAGAUCGAUUUGGGAUUUCCCCCCCCCCCCCCCCCCCUUCUUCUUUUCUUUCCAUCCUCUCUAUUUCUUCUUCUACUUUUUUUUGUUUUGGGCUAGUUUAAUUAAAUUGGCGGACCGAAGGAAGGGCGAAAGAAGGAUGGCUCGACCUCUUCCUUUGAACCCAGCUUUCCUACCUCCAACUUACGGGGUGCUGAAAUCCCUGCUGGAAAACCCGCUCAAGCUGCCGCUGCAUCACGAAGACGCAUUUUAUAAAGAAAAAGACAAAGACAAAAAACUGGAUGACGACAGUACCAGUGCCACUGUCCCACAGUCUGCUUUCCUGGGGCCUACAUUAUGGGACAAGACACUUCCCUAUGAUGGUGACACUUUCCAGUUGGAAUACAUGGACCUGGAAGAAUUCCUCACAGAGAAUGGCAUCCCACCCAGUCCAGUCCAGCACAAUCACAGCCCUCAUCAGCCAGCACUUCAGCAACCUACCUCAGCCUCACCACCUGUCGUGGACCUCAGCCACAGAGCAUCCACAUCGGUCCACCCGGCCAUGGUUUCCCAAAACUGUAUGCAAAAUACAGCCAGGCCAGGUCAGAUCUUGCCUACAAACCGAAACACGCCAAGUCCCAUUGAUCCCGACAGCAUUCAGGUUCAAGCUGGGUAUGAACCAGACCCUGCCGAUCUUGCUCUUUCUAGCAUUCCUGGUCAGGAAAUAUUUGACCCUCGCAAGCGCAAGUUCUCUGAGGAGGAGCUCAAGCCCCAGCCGAUGAUUAAGAAAGCUCGCAAAGUCUUCAUUCCCGAAGAUCUGAAGCAGGAUGACAAAUACUGGGCAAGACGUAGAAAGAACAACAUGGCUGCCAAGCGAUCCAGAGAUGCCCGAAGGCUGAAGGAAAACCAGAUUGCUAUUCGUGCCUCGUUCCUUGAAAAGGAGAAUACGGCCCUGCGCCAGGAGGUGGCUGACCUACGGAAAGAAUUGGGCAAAUGCAAGAACGUGCUUGUCAAGUAUGAAGCCCGGCAUGGUCCUCUCUAAAUGGCCUCCUACCCUCCCUCCCAUCCACCCCCAUCCCCGUUUCUUUUCUUCCCAUCUACUUUUUAUUUUUUUUUUAAUUUUAUUUUGUAGUUUGGCAUUUAAAUAGAUGGGACAGUGUGUUUCCUGUUUGAUAGCACCUCACCCAAACCAACUUUUCAGUCAUGGGCACUUUAACAGAAAGCAGAACCAGAACCAGUGUACAACCUCUGUGUAUGCAUGUGCGUGUGUGCGUGUGCACACCCGUGCAGGUAUGCUUGUGAAUAAGUGUGCAUGUCUGCCUUGGCUCCUGUGUUUUUAUGAAACCCUCUUUGUAGGGUUGGGUUGGCUGAGACUGGCCAUAAUAAACUUUUUAUGGAAUACAUGCAUCUAGAUAUGUAUGUAUAUAUUUUCCAGUGCUGCUUAAACUGUAUUUUUGUCUUAUCCUAUCCCAUUCUUUUGAUUUAACUUGGGAAAGAAAAUGAAAGAAAAGCACCCUGGUAAUGAGAAAGAACAAGAGAAAGAAGAAAAAGCUGUUUUUGCUUUGUUAUUUCAAUAAGGCACAUCAGGCAGUGUAAACUUACUGAUAAUUAUGCACAAUUGAUAUUCAUGCUAUACUGCAGAGAUACUAAUUUAUAGAUUCGCCUUUUUAUUUUGUUUCGGUUUUCAUUUACUGUAUGUUUUUACAUUUUGGUAAAUAAAAUAGAUCUUCAGAUUCAUUAUGUAUUCUAUAUCCUCCUUGUACAGAAAUAAGGGAUAGCUAACUUUCCUUUCAUUGCUUUAAAAUUAUAAAUAGACCGCAUCCCCUAGGCAUAAUCAGUAAUUCUCUUGUACAGAUUAAAAUAUUUCUCGUGGGCAUUGGAUGACUUUGGUACCCUAAUACUGUUUUAGUGCGCUUUUUUCCUAAAACAUUAAAGAUUUCUUCAUAGUUUGCCUAAAAAUGACCCCUAACCAGACAAGCAAAAACAUGUUCAUCAGAUGUCUGUACAGUAUCCAUGCAUACUGUACGGAUAAGGCCAAAGCAUAUUCCUGCUUUAGGUGAAUUAAA